AUGCAAGUCGAGCAGGCUGUGAGGAGCUUUGAGGUCGAAUGCCAAGUGUUGCGGAUGGCUCGGCAUCGCAACUUGAUACACAUAUUGAAUACCUGUUCCAACUUGGACUUCAGGGCAUUGCUGCUUCAGUACAUGCCCAAUGGUAGCUUGGAGGCACACUUGCACACUGAAAAUAGGGAACCACUAGGAUUCAUAGAGAGAUUGGACAUUAUGCUUGGCGUGUCAGAGGCAUUGAAUUAUCUGCACCAUCACCAUUUUCAAGUUGUCCUACACUGCGACCUGAAGCCUAGCAAUGUACUUUUCGAUGAGGACAUGACGGCCCAUGUUGCUGACUUUGGCAUUGCAAAGUUACUUUUAGGCGAUGAAAACUCCAUAGUUUCAGCUAGUAUGCCUGGGACAAUUGGGUACAUGGCCCCAGAGCUUGCAUUUAUGGGAAGGGCGUCAAGAAAUAGCGAUGUGUUCAGCUUUGGGAUCAUGCUACUUGAAGUUUUCACGGGGAAGAGGCCCACUGAUCCUAUGUUCGCCGGUGAAUCCAGCCUUAGGCAGUGCAUUUUGCAAGCAUUUCCAGCAAAGCUCAUUGAUAUUCUAGAUGAGAAGCUACAUCAGGAUGAACGGAUGAACCAAGCAUUUCAUCACCAAAAAAUAACAACUUCACCGUCUUCAUCCUCAAUUGCCCACAAUGGUAACUUUCUCGUGUCGACAUUCAAGAUGGGUCUAGAGUGUUCCAGUGAUUCUCCCGACCAGAGGCCAAGCAUGGGCGAUGUGGUCACGAGUCUGAAGAACAUCAAGAAGGAUUACUCUACUCUCUUGGUAGCAACUAGAAGCGUGCAUCAGCAACAUUGA